AUGGUCUCAAGCUCGACUUCCAAGGAGGGCUUGCGCCAGCGAAAUGUGGCCAGCUCCAAGAAGAAUGGGGCGGUCUCGCCGUCACCCGACGACGUUGAACUCGACAAACUCAUCAAGGCCAAUGCGCCGACCAACAACUCUGACCUACAAUACAAGAUCGCUCUCGCGGUCAUCACCGCCCUCGCCUUCGUGACAAGAUUCUGGGGUAUCAGCCACCCUAACGAGGUCGUCUUUGACGAAGUCCAUUUUGGCAAGUUUGCAUCUUACUAUCUAGAACGAACCUACUUCUUCGAUGUGCACCCGCCCUUCGGAAAGCUUCUCUUCGCAUUUAUGGGAUGGCUGGUCGGCUACGAUGGGCACUUCCACUUCGAGAACAUUGGGGACUCCUACGUUGCAAACAAAGUUCCCUUCGUGGCUUUCCGUUCCUUGCCAGCGAUUCUCGGCGCGCUGACCGUCUCGGUCACUUACAUGAUUAUGUGGGAGUCUGGCUACAGCUUGCCCGCUUGCGUUGUCGCUGCUGGUCUGGUGCUGCUCGACAAUGCCCACAUUGGCCAGACGCGCUUGAUUCUGCUGGACGCUACGCUUGUCCUGGCAAUGGCCUGCAGCUUGCUGGCCUACAUCAAGUUCUACAAGCUCCGACAUGAGGCUUUCUCAAGGAAGUGGUGGAAAUGGCUGAUUCUGACGGGCUUCGCCCUCUCCUGUGACAUCUCCACGAAAUACGUCGGUCUGUUCGCCUUUGUUACUAUUGGUUCCGCUGUGGCUAUCGACCUGUGGGACUUGUUGGACGUCAAGCGUCCUGGAGGGGCACUGAGUAUGCCUGAUUUUGGAAAGCACUUUGCGGCACGAGCAUUUGGGCUGAUCGUCAUGCCCUUCAUUUUCUACCUCUUUUGGUUCCAGGUGCACUUUGCAGUCCUGACCCGAUCCGGGCCGGGCGACGACUUCAUGACCCCAGAGUUCCAGGAGACCCUGAGCGACAAUGUUAUGCUGUCCAACGCGGUCACUGUCAAUUACUACGACUCGAUUACCUUGAAGCACAAGGAGACCAAGACAUACCUUCACAGUCAUGAGGACCGCUACCCUCUGCGGUACGAUGAUGGCAGAGUUUCCAGCCAGGGCCAGCAGGUCACCGGAUACCCCUACAAUGACACAAACAACUACUGGCAGAUUAUUCCGGUGGAGGACGACCAGAAGUUGGGCCGCGCAGUCAAGAACCACGAUCUUGUGCGCCUCCGCCACAUCGUCACCGACACGAUACUCUUGUCGCAUGACGUCGCAUCGCCAUAUUUCCCUACCAACCAGGAGUUUACAACUGUUCCGCUGACGGAUGCGUAUGGCGAUAGACUGCAAGACACCCUGUUUGAGAUUCGUAUCGAAGGUGGAAAGAAGAACCAGGAGUUCAAGAGCAUUUCCAGCCACUUCAAGUUCAUCCAUAACCCCAGCAAAGUCGCCAUGUGGACUCACACGACACCCCUCCCGGAGUGGGGUCACAAGCAACAGGAAAUCAACGGCAACAAGCAGAUCGCACCAAGCUCCAACGUGUGGCUGGUUGAGGACAUUCCCUCCUUGCCUGUGGACGACAAACGAAGGGAUAAACCCGAGCGCAAGGUGAAAACCUUACCCUUCCUGAGGAAGUGGUUCGAGCUUCAGCGAUCCAUGUUCUGGCACAACAACCAGUUGACCAGCAGCCACCCGUACGCCUCGCAGCCCUACCAGUGGCCGUUCCUGCUCCGCGGCGUCAGUUUCUGGACCCAGAACGACACUCGUCAGCAGAUCUACUUCCUAGGCAAUCCUGUCGGCUGGUGGAUUGCAAGCAGCUUGCUCGCCGUCUAUGCUGGUAUCGUUGCUGCCGAUCAAUUCUCUCUUAGGCGGGGCGUUGACGCUUUGGAUCACAGAACCCGAUCUCGUCUCUACAACUCCACUGGCUUCUUCUUCUUGGCGUGGGCGACUCACUACUUCCCCUUCUACGUUAUGGGCCGUCAAUUGUUCUUGCAUCAUUAUCUCCCUGCUCAUCUGGCUUCCACGCUUGUAACAGGUGCCUUGCUUGAGUUCGUGUUUAACGCGGAUACCUCCGAGGAAGUUCCUGAAUCUGUCAAGAACGGUAAGAAGUCUGGGCCAAGGAGACAUAUUUCGGCUCGCGAGCGAUUCGCCGGCCAGAGCAUGAUCAGCGCGUGGAUUGCAUGUGUCGUCAUUUUGGCUUUGGCAGCAUUUGGCUGGUACUUCUUCCUGCCUCUAACGUACGGAUAUCCUGGUCUCAGUGUCGACCAAGUAUUGAGACGGAAAUGGCUCGGUUACGAUCUUCACUUCGCAAAGUAG